CACAGCGCACGCGGACGGCUUUCCCCUUUGAACGCUCACCAUCUUAAAUAACUUAACGAAUUACAAGCGUUGUUACAUUGUCUCCUUGCUGAGGUCGAUCCUAGUAAUGAUUCAGCGAAUACACCGUUCCACUUCUGACCGACUUCGACUCCUUAUAGACUAGCAGACAAACCCCGGAGAAGGCAGUCUCAAGUGAGAAGCAGAGAGCAUACCGGCGGCGACAACUGAGGAUAUACCGAACGCCUAUGGUUGCGGAUUAAAAUCGUUUGUCAUCGCUUACUAAAUAUGGACUAAAUAAUCUGACAUCUAAGAAAAGAGACGGUCCUUGCAUUCUCCUCGUUUUAUUCACGAAACGACAGAGAAGAUCUUAUAUUUUGCUCUGGCUGAGCAAAUGGAGAGUUUUAAAUGUAGAGAUGAAGCGAUGUUGCACAGACCAAGAAAAGGGGAUAUUCGAGGGAUUCAAGCAAUAACACAUGUGACUUCUGUACAGGCUUUCCACGGUGUGAAUUUCGGGUCGAAUCUGUCGGAAGCCAAAUCGUCAAGGCAAACUGAAGGAAGAUUUCACUGACUGCCAAUCAAAUCAGCAAGAGCAUCAAGAUCUGUACCGCAUGCUUUGGGUAACUAUACUUUUUGCUUUUUUGAAUGUUAAAUAUAGGCUAAUUGUUCAUUUUAGUUUUCUGGAAAAAUAACGUCACCGUUUCCAAGAAGACAACUUUAAAAGCUCUACAUGUUGCGUUUCUCUUGAAAAAGUAGGACACACACACUUGUCAUGAAUGUCACUAUUACAUCCACGAAAUAUUACCCAGUCCUUACCUAAUAUAACAGUCACACCUAUACUCGGGGGUAAAUACUUAAGUCAUAAAUAGCCUACUGUGUACCGUCAAGUCUGGAGAUGGCUCCUUGAUUACUUCUGCGAUAUAAAUAGAGAGAAUAUAGCUCUGACAAUGGUAACUCUUCUAGUGGAAUUAGUGUCAAGGGCAAUCCAUCUAGCCGUUUACCUACACACAAGAGCACCUGGCUCACCUCCAGCUGUAGAAAGCACAAAAUGAUGAUGGGUACAUUGCUACUGGAAAUACUGAAUUUAUGGUCACAGACACACAAUUUGUAGAGAGUGGUUUCAUAGCAUUUGUUGAUAGUAUUAUUACACAUACACACACAGGCACAGACACACACACACACGCACACACGCACGCACACACACACACACACACACACAAGCUGAAGUAUUUAAAGUUUCCUGCUUCCCCAGAUCACGGUCAUUUGCAUAUAUUUUACUAGAGCUAGAAUAUAAUGCAUAGUCAAUCAAAUUUCCAUGGUGUCUCAAAUGACUAUUCAGACAUAAUGUGAAAUAGUCUGCAGUGACACCCUGCUGCCAUUACAGUUAAGAAAUGAUGAAAUAUUAUGUAUGACCAUGCACAUUCAGAUGGCCGUCCUAAAUAGCCGAGACGCUGUCUUGUCAGACACAAAAUAGAUAGAAAACACACUCCGAUAAACAGCAGUAAGACAGAAAACUCUAAAUGUUUGUGCAUCCAAUAUGAGAACACACUCAGGCCGACGUAACAUGACGGACUAAAGCAGAGGCCUCCGCCUGCCACGACUUCCAACAUUUAUUCAGCCAUUUUCCCAGGCUGAUGCAUUUACAGAAAUGUCUCUGUUUGUAGUUUGAAAUUUCAAUACUAAGAAUCAGUCACAUCGCCUUGUGCAGAUAUGAAAGGGGAAGAAACUGCCUUUUUGGGGAUAAUCAGAUAUUAGUGACGCAGACUUCCAUUUAAUUUCCCUGCGACUAGCCCUCACCAGCUUAAUCAUUCUAGGUCAUUCACCAACACAUUUCCCUCAUCUUUUCCAUGCAUGCUAUAAUGCCUUUAAUUUCAACACUUCCCCAAAGAUGAAUACAUUUGAGUCUCUUCCACCAAGCAGAUGGAAAAUGCCACUUUCCGCUAUUGUUAUAUUAAAGGAGAAAAAAACUGGCCUCCACUCAAAUGAAACAGGUCUUCCUCCAGAGCUUUUUGUCAUCUGCAUUUCUCCCCCUCUGCUCCCUUCAUCUUUCUGCAAACCCCUCUCUCUCUCUCUCUCUCUCUCUCUCACACACCUCCCCCUCCCCUCUUUCCCCUGCAUUUAUUUAUGAACUAUUACCAUCAUGCAGUAACACUUUAUUAGGCCUGUAAAAAAAUCACUGGAAUGAAUCACGCUUCGAGUCCCUCCAUUCCCUUUUUCUAGCUCUGAGCAACUCAAAUCAGUCUCGUCUUGGCUUGCAUAGUUAACCACCAGUGCUCACGGCAAGCCGACAUAUGCAACCAUCCUCUAGAGUUUCGUUCAUAGCACUGGAAUAUUUGGAGGAGAUAACCCUGCACAGGGUCACCAAAGCUGUCAUUAUGUUGCUUUUUCUAAAUGCUAAUGAUUUUGGUGUUAAAAGUCCAUUGAUCGUGGCGAGUCGUGACAGGCGCGGUGGCUGUGCUACCUGACACAUAACCCAUUCUGUCAGAACCUAUAAGCUAUGGGCCUUUGAGCUCAAUGGGAUAAGGAGGGGAGCCUUCGAUUUCACUGUAAAGGCAGUGAUGAUUUCUUCAGGCAGAUCAAUACGGUGGUUUUAUAUUGUCUGCAGCUGAAAUAUGGCUCAUAAGAGAAAUGAUUAAAUUCAUACUCAAUGAGAGAGCAGUGGAGGGGGGCUGGCAGCACCCUGAGAGAAGGUCAAUGGUGGCUAAACAUGCACACAGAUAUGCACACAAACCCCAACAACCACAUUCACCAUGCUCUUGCAAACACACAAGGGAGUAGCAUAUUACAAACGACACUUCCCCGUCAACUAGAAUUAUUAGUGCUAAACCCUUUAAGGCGCCAUAAUGGAAAAUCAACAGGGCAAAGGAAAUGCCAGGGCAAAACAGGAUUUGACAAUAUGCCUGACUGCACCCUAAUACACUUAAUAAAUAAUGAAGGAGGUGGAAAAAAGGAAAGGUCUGGACCCCGCACACUGUUUUCAGCAAAACUGAGCUACUUAGAAACAGGAAAUCUGGGGUAAGUACACAAACGUGCAGAGGGCAAAGAAAGGAAGUGUAAAUGUUUGUGCUUGAAUGAAAUAUUUAUUAACCUGUUUGCACAAAUGUGUCUCUGUGUGUGUGCGUAUGUGAGUGUGAGUGUGUGUGAGUGUAUGUGUGUGAGUGUGUGUGUGUGUGUGUCUAUUAUCUGUCAGUAAGGGGAGAGUGUUAGAGGCGGUGAGGGACUCCGUGUAACUGAGCGAAUACACAAGCAUGAAAACCCAAGACAGCGUUUCCAAGAAAAACCCAUUGUUAUCCUCAGCAUCUUCUUGGGAGCAAACAAUUAGACAAGGCCUUGGAGAAACCGACGUGCUCAGAAUGCCCACAACCCGACAGAUAGCAGCAUGAGGCAUCACCAGGGAAUAUGAUGGGCUCACAGCCUGCCAUUAACACCACCUUGUGUGUUCUGCAAUUCAAACAAGGGAUGGUGCCCUCUCCCCAGGUGUGCGUCUCCACCCUGGUGACCGUGAGCACGAUGGCGGUGGUGGACCUCUACCUGCUGGAGCAGAGCAUGCUGGGAGGCGCUGGCUGGGCUGCUCGGGGCACCCCGGCAGGGUCAGGAAAAGGUCGCGGCCCGGGCCUGUGGUCGGCGGGAGUGCAGGUCGGAGGUCGGGAGCCUGGCCCGGCCGCUGGCUUCGCCAGCGCCCUCUGGUUCCUCUUCCUGUCGCUGCUGCAGCUCAAGCUCUUCUUCGUGUGCCAGAACUACCGGCAGGAGCGCCGGCCGCCCGACCCGCUGGCGCGCAAGACCCUGACGCUGCUGCUGUCCGUCUGCCUGCCCUCGCUCUUCAUCAUCAUCCCCACCGGGCUGAGCACGCCCGCCGGCUUGCGCCUAAAGCAGGAGGUGCGGGGCCGGCUCCUCUGGGUGGUGCUGGACCUGCUGGACGUGCUGGACCUCCAGGCGGGCCUGUGGGAGGCCAGCACCGGAGGGGCGGGCAGCAGCAGCGCCCCGCUCUGGGCAGAGGGCCUGGUGUUCUUCUACUGCUACGUGCUCCUGCUGCUGCUGCCCCAAGCGCCCGCUGACCGAGGCUGGGGGAUCUAUGGAAGGGGCGGGGGGCGGCGGGAGGCCGUCUACCCCUGGCUCAGCCUGGUCACCAUCAACGUGCUGACGCUGCUGCUGCGGGGCGCCGGCGUGCUGUGGUACCGCGACCCGCGCGUCUCCACCAUCUUCCUGGGCAAGAACCUGCUCGCCCUGGCCGUCAAGCUGAGCGCCGCCUGGGAGCGCCGCCGGCGGCAGCGGCAGCAGCAGAGGCCGCAGGCGUCCGGCGGCGCGGUCACCCGGAGGACCGCUGGGGGGGCCGGGGAGGCCGACGGCGACGCGGGAGGAUGCGGGGCGGAGGGCGAGGACGAGCGGCGGCUGGACGGCGUGGGGUCACCGGGGUCACUGCCGCCCUCGCGCUACCACACGCUCUCGCGCGCGCACAGCCUCGCCCGCGUCAGCGUCAACCUGGACCACACCGAGGCUGCACUGGGACCAGCCUACAUCUCUCGCGAGCUGUAGGAGUCCGCCGUUUAACAAAAUAAAUACAUUUGUUGUUGCCGUUGUUACAAACAACAUAAACAACAUAAAAAGGACUUCAAAAACGGACAAUCCCCGUAGGCUGACCGGGCUUUCCGAGAGCCCUGUUGAGUUGGACACACAAAGGGAUGACAGUCCGUCGGCCAUCUGCUAAAGGACUGUCUCUAAAAACACCGUCCUCAACAACCGAGGGAGCUCCGGGGCCAAGAUGGGAACAGUAGAAAAACUCAUCCCAUUACUGCAAAGUGUGAUUCAUCCUGCCUGGGCUCUGGCAGCCUAUUGUAGCAUGGAGCUCUCAAAGGACGUUGGAUUCAGUUAGACUGGAACAUUUCAUAGUUAAGUGCCUUUUUCUCUGUUGAAGGAAUGAACAUCCUGACUCUGUUCUCCUUUAUGUCGGGACUCAAAUAAUAAUAAUAACAAUAAUGAAAUAAAAAAACGUGUGUGGCGUGUAUGUGUGCGUGUAAUGAGAGGCAUGGCUGCUUGUUUCAUGUCCAGGA